UUUAGUCUUAAGUGUGUAAAUCUGCAGCAUGUGGAGCUUUCUGCCUCUCCUCUGGUCCUGGAUCAGUAUCGCUGGUGUCGUAAGUGUUCCAGAUAAACUUUCCGGACACAGAGGACAGAGAUUUGACAUCAAAUGUAGAUAUAAUUCUGGAUAUGAGACGAAUGUCAAAUAUUUUUGUAGGGGCACGUGCCAUUAUGGAAAUAAAGACAUCAUAGUCCAUUCAGGAUCUCCAGCAAAAGACGAGAGAUUCUCUCUGACUGACGACACCACAAACAAAGUUUUCACCAUCACCAUCACUGAUCUGAGAACAGAGGAUGCAGGAACCUACUGGUGUGCUGUCGAGAGGGUUUUUUUAACGGAUGUCUACUCUGAGAUUGUGUUGCUGGUUGAACAGGAUGCACAAACUACUUUACCACAGAGAUCCACAUCUGACUCAGAUUCAGCUGUUGUCAUCGUAUCUUCAGGAGUUUCUGUUUUGCUUCUGAUCGGUGCUGUAACGUUUACGGUGAUCAUACGAAAGAAAAAGCAGAAUUGUGGUCCGGUGUCCUCCACCACUGAAGGUCUUGAUUUGACAUUAAGAAAUGGAGAAGAAAACGAAUAUGAGAAAGAAAACCCAACUGUGCUGCCAAACGCACACACAGCUCAAAGUGUAAACCAUUCAGCGGAAAAUAGCUUUCCCAGAGCAGAAAACACACACAUUUUCUAUAUCAACAGUCCAUAUCAUAUGUACACAGAGCUGAACACCAGACAGACUGACCUGUAUCACAGUCUUACAGCUGAUUCUGCUCAACAAGAGUCUGUCUAUCACAAUAUUUGA